AUGAUCACCUCGUUCAUUGAUCGCAUACGUUUUUCUGGAGUAAUCAUCAGCAGUGCAGGACGCUACAUGAUGAAAAUCGCAGAGAAGACACAUCUCAUGAAAAUCAUCAAUAUUUUCUUAAGUGUACAACGCCCAUGCCAACGAAAAUUCACCAUCAAAUUGCCUGACAGUUACAUCACAAAUGGAAAGACACCGAAGAAGAUCUACGAUGCCGGAACGAUUCAGUUGGCCGGAGCAUUCCCCGGGGAGGAACGAGAUUGCCUUCACUAG